UUCUUAUUUUAUUAUAACCAUCCAUUAUAGUUAUACAAAAAAGUUAUAAAAAAAGUCUUAAGACAUUUAAUAGUGUUGAUUGUUAGGAUGUACGAAAAAAGCUAUCAAAGGUCUAUGAUAGUUGUUCACCUGCUAUUGUAUCCAAUAUUUGUUGUAGUGAUUUUUUAGACUCAAGAAAGUUGGCACUACCUAUGAACAUGAUGAUAGCAUUUAUUUAGACCCGAGAGCCAUUAGCUGACCUGCCUCAGACAUGCUGAUCGUGGGAGAUACAUUGAACUCACACCAUGGGAGAUAUGUUCACAAAUCAAACAUGACACGUGGCAUGCUGAGAUCCUGCCUAUCCACCCUCAACACAUUGAUUACUCAUGCAUGGCAUGCGCGCGUAGGGAAUCUUCUUUCGCGUGUAGGCGCGUGAGUGACUUCUUUUUGUACUGUUCAGCCUCCAUUUACCUAUUUUCAUCCUGAUUUCGAUGUUGACCCUAAUUUUACUUGAAUGAGGACCUACCAGAGGAAUUUUAGAAAUUUUGGAGCUCCUGACUCGCGAAAAAGCUAGCUUGGGAGGGCACGCUUCAUCCAAGUAAGUUAUCACACGGAUUUUAGGCAAGUAAUACCGGUAGCGAUCGCUAGAAUGUGCUAGCAUGCAACAUUCCUUACCUUAGGUGGUUAGAAAAUGCAUAUUAAGGACUUUGAAAGGUCGUUUUGGAUGAGUAUGUAUUGUACGUAUGUCAUGGUAAAAUUACAGUUAUACCCUUAGGUUGAGAUUUCCAAGAAGCAUGCUAUUUUAUGUAUUAUACAAGGCUAAAAAGAAAAUAUGCAUGAUUAAAAUACGAGUUGGGCAAUAUGGAUGAGUGUGGUAUGCAUGAUGUAUGAAAUUACAAAAAUACAUCUAUGAUGAGAUUUGUGAUGAACGUCAUUUUAUAUGUUUUCCGUUGUGUUAGAAAAGAGGAUGAGCUAUUGUGACUUGUGCUCCGGGUGAUUGAUGGAUGUUAUCUCCCCAUAGAGCUUGUUUGCUUCUAUGUUUGCAUGAUAUAAUAUGUGUUAGCUCCUGGUGUGAUUGUAUGUUCUCCCUGUAAAGCAUGUUUAUUUGUAUAGAACUAGGGCAUUAGAGUUAGGUUGAUUAGACGAUGACUUAGGUCAGAACACUUCAAGUAGACUGAGCACUUUAGAAUCAUACACAACGGUCAGAGGGUCUAGACCCUAGUGCUCCUAGACUAAGAAUGACUCGAGGAGUAAAAAAAGAGCAGCUUGGAGUCAUAAAAUCAUGUUAAGCCACCUAGCCGCUUUAGAAAUCCAAUAGACCUCCUCGAUUCCCAUAUAUGACUAAGGUGAAGUUUAAAUUGUGGAUUACACGCUUAGAUGAUCGAUAGGAAUAUCUCCCUAGUAAAGCAUGCACGAGAGAGCUCAAUUAAGAUUAGUGCACUACAACUAGUGUGUUUUACAUGUUUGACCCAAGUCAGCAUGUUUCUAGUAGACCUUGCACACCAGGAUCGUGAAUGAUCAGAGGUUUAAACCUAUAUGCACCCAGAGAUUGGUUUGGCCAUAGGAGCUAACCCUGAAGUCUUGGAAACGAGAGAUGAGAUUUAAACCGCCUAGACACCUCUAGAGACCUAGAAGGCCACCACAGCAACCUUGGAGAAAAAUAAAGGUAGCCUAUAAGCUGAUAGCAGCUAGUAAAGUGUUUGCAGAUUCCACUCCGGUAUGGUAUGUUUAGCUUGGCGUGAGGCCGGUUAGGAACGUGUGACCUAAGAGAGAGUUUGGGUGGAUUACCCUACGCUGUGGAUCUGCAUCAUCCACACGAGGAUGUGCAAUGAGCGGGUGUCCAUGGUUACGGUUCAGUAGAGUUACCAUCGAGUCAAUGUAUCAACUUGAGCAAGAGGAUGUCCUACCUUUGGGAAUCGGGCAUAAGCAACUUUUGAGGAUGAAAGUUUUUAGUGGGGAGAAUUUGUAACACCUAAGUCUCGACGAGGAAUUAGAAACCCAAUUUUUUCUUUUAAAGUCGAAUUUUUGGGAUUUUAUUGAGAGUCCUACCGGCCAAAUUUCAAGAUGAGAUAGAAGAGAUAAAAAUUCCAUAAACUGAAAAAAUAUAUAAAUGAAAAGAGGUAAAGUUAGAAAAAUCGGUCAAAGUCAACCCACAUUUGGUCAUUUUGAUCCUCCAUUCCGGGGUCUGCAUUAGCCUUAAUAAGAUUAUAAGAACAAAGAAAAAGAAAGAAACAAAGAAAAGGAAAAGCCGCAACUUUCUACAAAGAUGGAGCUAAAAUUCGACAUGGGUUCUGCUCAUUCUUCAUGCUCUCUCGUUACAACUUCCUCCACCAAACAUUUCUGCUUUUCCCAAUCUUCAAUUUGCGUAUCAAAGUUACACCCAACAAGUCAGAAUCAAAUCAGAUCUAUCAAAUUCACUUCUCACCCUUUUCAUUGUUGUUGUUCCUCUUCACAACAUUUGCCUUUAAGGUGUAAUCAAGUAGGUGAAUUUGAAAGCCAAGUGAAGUCUUUGAAAACCAUGGCGGAUAUUCAUGGCAUUGAUCAAGAGUUGCUGAAGAAGAUGGUCUAUGAUGCUCUUGUUUGGAGUUCUCUACAUGGACUUGUUGUUGGUGACAAGUCAGUGAAGAGAUCAGGUAAAGUACCUGGUGUAGGUUUGGUUCAUGCCCCAAUUGCCUUGUUACCUGGGUUAUUUCCUGAAACUCAUUGGAAGCAAGCAUGUGAGUUAGUCUCCAUUUUUAAUGAAUUAGUCGAUCGGGUGAGCUUGGAUGGGAAAUUUUUACAGGAAUCAUUAUCCAGAACCAAAAAAGUGGAUGCUUUUACGUCUAGACUUUUAGAUAUUCAUUCCAAGAUGCUUCAGAUUGACAAAAAAGAGGAAAUUCGCUUGGGUUUACAUCGCUCAGAUUAUAUGCUUGAUGAGAAAACAAAAUUACUUCUUCAAGUAGAGCUCAACACCAUAUCAUGUUCAUUUGCUGAAUUUAGUCAUCUAGUCAGCCAACUUCAUAGUGAUUUACUUGGUCAAUAUGGGGAAGUCCUCGGAUUAGACUCGAGAAUGAUUCCUGAAAAUCAUGCGGGUAAUCAAUAUGCUGAGGUAUUGGUCAAAGCUUGGACUGAAUAUAACAACCCAAGUGCUGUUAUCAUGAUUGUGGUUCAAGCUGAGGAACGCAACAUGUACGAUCAACACUGCCUUUCUGUUAACUUGAGAAAAAGACAUUAUAUCAAAACUCUUCGGAAAACACUGGCAGAAAUCGAUAGGGAGGGAGAACUGCAAUCUGAUGGAACACUCCUUGUAGAUGGCCAAGCAGUUGCAGUUGUGUACUACAGGGCUGGAUAUACACCCACUGACUAUCCUUCUGAAUUGGAAUGGAAAGCAAGGUUACUUAUGGAGCAGUCAUCUGCAGUCAAAUGCCCAUCCAUAUCUUACCAUUUAGUGGGCACCAAAAAAAUUCAACAGGAACUUGCACAACCAAAUGUACUUGAAAGGUUCCUUGACAAUAAAGAGGAUAUUGCCAAGAUAAGGAAAUGCUUUGCAGGGUUGUGGAGUUUAGAUGACAAAGAUAUCGUAAAAAAAGCCAUCGAAGCACCAGACCUAUUCGUUAUGAAGCCGCAAAGAGAAGGCGGAGGGAACAAUAUCUAUGGCGAUGAUGUGAGGAAAACCCUUGUAAGAUUGCAGAAGGAAGGGAAUGUAGAAGAUGCUGCUUACAUUCUUAUGCAGAGGAUAUUCCCAUCUGUUUACCCGACAAUUUUUGUUCGAGAUGGGAUUUGUCAUAAGGAUCACGCAAUUUCAGAGCUCGGUAUAUUUGGUGCUUACUUAAGGAACAAGGACAAAGUAAUUGUCAAUGACCAAUGUGGUUACCUGAUGACGACCAAAGUAUCUUCAUCUAAUGAGGGUGGGGUUGCAGCGGGAUUUGCUGUUUUGGACAGUAUUUACUUAACUAACUAAGGGAUGGAUUUUAUUGAUAUUUAUGAUUCAUGAUAUUCUGCAGACAGCUUUCUCACCCCUCAACUAUGCUGAAUUGAUCUAGAGUUUUCUAUUUAUGGAGUUCAAGUUUCUCUGCCU